UCGCUGCUGCUCUCCUGAUAAAUCGCCACAAAGCUUCCCGAGGGAGAGCAGGGAUGGAAGGCACCGGCACCCCGAGAGCUAACUCUGCGGCUGCCAAGUUAGUUAAGAGAAAUUUCUUUGAGGCUUUGAAAUCAAACGACUUCGGAAAAUUGAAGGCUAUUUUAAUCCAAAGGCUAAUUGAUGUGGACACAGUAUUCGAAGUUGAAGAUGAGAAUAUGAUUUUGGCAUCUUACAAACAAGGCUAUUGGUUGCCUAGUUAUAAAUUGAAAUCUUCCUGGGCGACGGGCCUGCAUCUUUCUGUCCUGUAUGGCCACGUGGAAUGCCUUCUGGUGCUUCUGGACCACAACGCUACAAUCAACUGUAGACCCAACGGGAAAACCCCUCUUCACGUGGCUUGUGAAACGGCCAACGUGGAGUGUGUGAAGAUUCUCUGUGAUCACGGAGCAAAGCUGAACGCCUUCUCCCUGAGCGGGCACACUGCUCUGCACUUCUGCACGACUCCGAGCUCCAUUCUCUGCGCCAAGCAAUUGGUUUGGAGAGGGGCGAAUGUGAACAUGAAGACCAACAACCCGGACGAGGAGACCCCGCUGCACACAGCAGCCCACUUCGGCCUCUCGGAGCUCGUGGCCUUCUACUUGGAGCACGGGGCCCUCGUGGACAGUGUCAACGCGCACAUGGAGACGCCGCUGGCCGUCGCAUCCUACUGGUCCCUCCGCUUCAAGGAGCAGGAGUACAGCCGGGAGCACCACAGCAUCUGCCGCCUGCUGCUCCGCUACAAAGCCGAGGUCAACGCCCGCGACGACGACUUCAAAUCGCCCCUCCACAAGGCCGCCUGGAACUGUGACCACGUGCUCAUGCACAUGAUGCUGGAGGCCGGCGCAGAAGCGAAUCUCAUGGAUAUCAACGGCUGCGCCGCCAUCCAGUACGUGCUGAAGGUCACUUCCGUGCGCCCCUCCGCGCGGCCUGAGAUCUGCUACCAGCUGCUGCUGAACCACGGGGCUGCGCGCAUCUACCCGCCGCAGUUCCACAAGGUGAUAGAAGCUUGCUAUUCUUGUCCCAAAGCAAUCGAGGUUGUCGUCAAUGCCUAUGAGCACAUCAAGUGGGACGUAAAGUGGAAGAGAGCGAUCCCUGAUGAUGAAUUGGAGAAAUACUGGGAUUUCUACCACUCUCUCUUCAUGGUCUGCAGUAACUCUCCGAGGACUCUCAUGCACUUGUCCAGAUGUGCCAUUCGGAGAACAUUGCACAACAGGUGCCACAAAGUAAUUCCUUUGCUUACCCUUCCUUUGUCCUUGAAAAAGUACCUGCUUCUAGAGCCUGAGGGGAUCGUUUAUUAAGCCUUAUGAGACAGAAACUCCCACGCCUAGAUAUUUAAGUGGACUUGCUGGGUAGACACAUUUUGCAUAAAUAAAAUGGCACUUAGUUUGAUUAUAACACUUCAGGGAUUUCAAAACACUUUACAAACACCAUGUCAUUAAUCCUGGGGCAUCACAGCAAGGGGGGAAUUGCAAGAAGUAAAGUUAAAGAAUUUUCAAAGACAAGAAAGUAGCUAGAAAGUUUGACUGUACCAGGAACGGCUAGUAUGUGCAGCGUUCUCUAUUAGAUGCCUGAUGCAUUGUAUAACCUUUUCAUCUAUUACUUUCUUUGAAGUGGGACCCAGGUUUUCUUACAACCAAUCUCAUUCUCUACCUUAUCGGUAAUAAGUUUACAUUACAGCUCAGUUUGCAAAAUAACAGGCUUUGCGAUCAGUGGCGUCCCUAGGGUUGGUGUCCACUCAUGAUGUCACCCCUCUGUCCCCCAUGGACCUCCUCCGAUAGCACACCAUUCAGAAUGAGAACUACUUAUGACCAAUCGUCAUCUUGGAACCAUAGGUGACAAGUUUAGUUGUAAAUUGUCUUAAUGUGAUGUUGCUUAGAUUCUUUGACUCCAGAGAACAAAAUUAUUUUGUAAAAUCUUUCUACUCUAAAUUUCAAUAUUAUUAGUUAGAGCAUUAUUGGUAACAAAGGGAAAGCCUAUUUUUAUUUUCCUCCUUUUUCCUUUAAUUACUUUCUAAAAAAGUUACUGAUGUAGGCUCAAAAAUACCGGUCCUCACACUAUCAUACCUGGAACACCGAAACAUUUGGCAAAAUCGGCAACUGCCAACUCGCAGGCGUCAAUGCACACAGCAGCAUGCUGUCUGUGGCAAGAAGCAAAGCCACUUUCUUUGGGCAAUAAUUACACCAUUGACCAGAGGGUCAAAGGCAAAUUAGCUCAACGUUAUAGCUUUGUAGGUCUAUUGCUGCUUGUAAGCUGGGCUUACAAAAAAUGUCUUCAUUACUAACUACAAGGGCAUUUUAAUAACAUUAAUACAUUUCUGCUGAAGUACUGUACAGGAAUUUUCUAGAGAGCCGUGUCGGUGUCACCUCUGACGGUAUCUUCUGACGCAGUCCGCACCCCAGCCCUACCCAGCGCAUGCGCCCUCCUUAGUGACGCCACUGUUCGCCUCUUAAACACCUCUUAAAUUCCCUGUCUUCUCUACUUAGCGCUAAGUUGGCUCAUUAUUUGAACAGCUCCUCCCUACUCCCCCAGCCACACAGCUAACAUAUUCGAGUGAGGAAGGAGUCACAAGAAGGAGAUCUUUAAGUUAACUUUGACAUGAUAAACACUAGGCCACUGGAGGCCAAGAAUGGGUGUUUCAGCCCACACACGUUGAGCCAUAGGCCAGAGAUGCAUGGAGUUUGUUGUGGCUCCUGGCCUCCCUGCCAAACCCCCCAACUCGCAGAGACCCCAAACGAACCUAGGAGCAGGCCAGCGCGCUGCUCAAGGCCAGGGCCGAGAGGCCAGGCGCAGACUUACUCUUUGCGCUUGGUUUUCAACGUUGUGUCUCCGAGAUGGAGUGUGACUGUUCUGUUCAACAGCAAAUGAAAGGGACACGAUUUGUUUCCAGCAGUGGGGUCUACUGCUGCUUUUAAAGUACCUGUGUUGACGGUCAGCUUCUCCCCAAGUUUGGCGGUGGUUCUAUGUUAGUCUCUGGUGCUUAGUGUCUCUCGCUCUGAGGAGCCCUGGUGGCUUCCCAGUUGGGCUCUGCUGCCAACCGAAAGGUUGUCCUUGGAACGCUCACAGAGGUUGACGGGAAAAGCGCUGGUAAUCUGCAGCCACGUCAAAGCGCCCAAAGCCACACGAGCUCUGGUGGUGGAGUGGUGGUGCUGCUGUCCACCAGGGCCGCAGUUUGAAGCCACCCGCAGCGCUGUGGGAGGAGAGGAGGCUUUCUACUCCAGGACAGUGUCAGUCUUGGGAACCCCCGGGGCAGAUCUAGUCUGUCCUGUGGGGUCACUAGGAGUGGGCACCACUGGACGCCAGUGAGGUUUUCAUUCCAUUGCGGGGGUCCUUUGAGUGGGAAUCGGCUCCACAGCACGCACACCAGCAGCAGGUCUUCAGGACCCCACUGAGGUGGCCAGCGAGUGUCGGAAAACGUGAGACGGAGAGUUCUGAAGGCUAACCCUUAAGUCGAUGACGUUGGGCUUUUUCCGUCACGGGCUGCCAUCUUUCAGAGAACAUUAUUUAGAGACGAGGAGCAGUUGCCUAGCAUAGUUUGGCUAUAGAGAUAAAACAGGAACACUGAAAAUGGUAAAAAAUAGGAAAAAAAGGAGAAACUGGGAAAGAUAAGUGUGCUCGUCAGGCUUGGUCAUUUGUGGAGAGAGCAAUGUAGAUGAUCAGCACCCAGACCUCUUGGUUUAUGAGGACAACCUUACUCUACCCUUUUGUUCUUGCUAAUCUGGUCUAGACAGGCUCACCCCGUGGGCAUUGCCUUCACAGGGAAAGGUAGAAGCAGUGAACUCAAGACAAAUCCACUUGCCAGGUGUGAGCAGGUUUCUUGGGUGUGUGUUUCCAUCUUCUUUGAAUUUGGAUGCCUGCAUUUUGAAUGGAGAAGAUGCCACACAUUCUUCUAGGUAUCAAUCAAAUGGUGUUCCUAAGUGAGGUCGCUUACCCGGGUAGCUUUGAGGCACAAUCAGAGAGACACAAUAAUAUUUCUGGAGUACACAUAAGUCUUACUGAAAACAUUCUGGAGGAAAUGUUUUGUAUUGCAACGAGAUCUAUAUCAUACAGUCAAAUGCUGUAUUUGUUAAGAAUUUUUAUAAAACAUACACAAGUUUGUUAGCAGCAGCAGCAUUAGCACAGGUACUAUACCACUGGAAGGUGCAAAUUGCCCUACACAGUUUCUUCAGAAAAUUUAAGAUCCAUGGACUUGGCACAGUGAAAUUGAUGUUGAGGACACAGGAAGAGGAUGUUCUUUGCAUGGGGAAAUGAAACUGUUGUUCAGUUGGCUUGUUUCUGCUUAAAUAUUUUGUGUUAAUGUAGUCACUACCUUUUAGUGUGUGAUCUGUAGUUGUUCGUUUUCAAUUGUUCAUUCGUGAAUGUAACAUUGUUUCCCCUCAUCUUUGGACUUCUAUCUAGAGUGCUUAAAUAAACUUCUUCUGUUUCCUUUCA